AUGACCACCAAAGGUGUGGAAGAAUUCAAGGAAUUUCAAGAGGCCAAGAACUAUGCGGCCAAGGACAUGCCGAGGCAGCAAGAUGAGUGUUCGUUCGAAAUGGAAGCCGCCGAAAUUGACGGAAAGUCGUUUGUGACGAUUACUAAAACGCGCGAUUGGUUUUUGACGCAACAGAAAGAGCUGGUUAAGCAUGAGAAAGUUGCUGAAGGAACAGUUUGGUGGCAUUUUGAACGCCGACGGUGCUGA